ACAAAAAAAGUGAAUUUGGCGGGAACAUCAUUUUGCAAUUGUUUCUAAGGGUCUACGUUUUAAAUUAUUACAUUUGAGUACGCUAUUUGGAGCGUAAAUUUUAUUUUAAUUUGCAAAUGAUGGAUGUAGACGAAACCGGAACAUCUUCAAAUUCCGCACAACCGCACACAAGCAGUGUAUCACGGAACAAAGAAAGCAGUAAUAAUGAAAAUGCAAUUGUAUUGACGACUUGUACAAGAGAUAAGGUUGAAUUUCCUCAACAUCAUACAAGUACAAGCAACAACCAAGAAACUACUGAUGAGUCGGAGGCUGAAGAGCGUCUUUUAGUGGUUUACUGUCGUUCCGGGAAACUUGGCGCUGCGUAUUACACUCUGCAGACGGGAGAGCUGUUUGUACUGGACGAGAUCAUAGACCGACCGCCGGAGCACCAGAUCCUGUGCAGCCUGUUCCAGCAGGUCCGACCGUCCUACACUCUAGUCCCCACACUAAAGAAGGUAUUUAAGAUUAUUAGAGUAUUAUUUUUAUUUCAGAAUAAUUCAUUGCCGCCGCCGGAUAGCACGAUGUUAGCUAAAAUGUCAGCGGUAACAGAGGUAAUGAAAAGUCAACUGUUAGCUGAGGACAUUUAA